CAUGACUUUGCCUUGCUCAGAUCUUGAUGCCCAACGACUCUUGGUGAGUCAGUCCGCGCUUAGUACCGGCGGAGUGGAGACAGAUUACCUUGCUCACAGUGACACUGGCACAUUUCCCAACGCGGGCGAGCUUGGACCGCUGCGGGGAAACCACCGGCUCUGAUCAGGCUGAGUCCGGACGCAGUUCUCUUAAGGUUUCUUUCUGCCGGGAGGUCAAGGUCAAGGCCACCGCCAGGUCCCGACCCGGGCUUGGCAGCGGGUCCGCGCGCGCCCCUGGCUUGGCAGCGAGCGCGCCGGGCGGAGAGCGGGCGCUGGCGAUCCGGAGCGACGCACGUGUGGCCCGGGACCACCUGGUCCGGUCCUCGGGGACACAGGCCACCGACACGCGGAAAAACACAGAAUUGUAUUCCAGAGUUGACUGUUCAUGGCACAUACUGUUAGAGGAUGCUCAUUGGCACUUAUUUGUAUAACCCUGCGGCUGUUGAUUAAAGCAGAAAUAGAUGUGUGUAAGAAAGGCGAUGUGACCGUGAAGCCUUCUCGUGUGAUUGCACUUGGAUCAGCUGUCAAUAUUUCAUGCUCUCUGAAGCCCAAACAAGACUGUCCUCACCAUUUCAGUUCUAACAAAUUAAUCCUCUACAAGUUCAACCGAGAAAUCAGUUCUCACCAUGGUCACUCCUUCAGUUCUCAAGUCACAGAUCUUCCCCUUGGUACAACUUUGUUUGUCUGCAAGCUGGCCUGUACCAAAAGGAGUGAAAGUCCAAUAUGUGGGGCAGAGAUCUCAGUUGGUGUUGUUCCCGAGCAGCCUCAAAACUUAUCUUGUAUGCAGAAGGGAGAACAUGGGACUGUGGUCUGCACCUGGGACCGAGGACGAGAUACUCACCUAUACACUGAGUACACUUUACGGUUAAAUGGACUAAAAAAUUUAACUUGGCAGAAACAAUGCAGUGUUCAUUCUUGUGAUCGUUUGGACCUUGGAAUCAGCCUAACCCCUGAAUUACCUGAGUCCAUGUUCACAGCCACGGUUACUGCCACCAACAGUCUUGGAAGUUCUUCUUCAUUUCCAUUUACUUUCACAUUCUUGGACAUAGUGAGGCCUCUUCCUCCGUGGGACAUCAGCAUCAACUUCCCAAAUGCCUCUGGGAGCAGGUGCACACUUCAGUGGGAAGAUGAGGGGCAGGUGCUGCUUAAUCGACUCAGAUAUCGGCUCCAUAACAGCAGAUCCUGGAAUAUGGUUAAUGUCACAAAUGCCAAUGGAAGACAUGAUUUGCUGGAUCUGAAACCAUUUACAGAAUAUGAAUUUCAGCUUUCCUCUAAGCUACAUAUUUCUAAAGGAAGCUGGAGUGAUUGGAGCGAAUCAUUGAGAGCACAAACACCAGAGGAAGAGCCUACUGGGAUGUUAGAUGUCUGGUACACGAAACAGCACAUUGACUACAACAGACAACAAAUUUCUCUUUUCUGGAAGAAUCUGAGUGUAUCAGAGGCAAGAGGAAAAAUCCUCCACUACCGGGUGACCUUGCAGGAGGUGACAAGGAGGAAAACCACACUACAGAACAUCACAGGACACACCUCCUGGACCUGGGUGGUUCCCAGAACUGGGACUUGGACUGUGGCUGUGUCUGCAGUCAACUCGAAAGGCAGCUCUCUGCCCACUUGCAUUAAUGUAACAGACCUGUGUGGCACAGAGUCGUUGAACCCUCACCAGGUUUCCGCAAACUCAGAGGGCACAGACCACAUUGUGGUGACCUGGCAGCAUCCCAGGAAAGCUGACCUUGCUGUUCAGGAGUACAUAGUGGAAUGGUGGGCACUCCACCCAGAAGGCAGCACACAGCCGCUGCUAAACUGGCUGCGGCUCCCCGCCAACAAUGUGUCAUCUCUGAUUUCAGAGAAUAUAAAACCCUACAUCUGUUACAAAAUCCGUGUGCAUGCGCUGUCAGGGGACCAAGGAGGGUGCAGCUCCAUCCAAGGUGGCUCCAAGCACAAAGCACCACUGAGUGGCCCCCACAUCAUUGCCAUCACAGAGGAAGAGGGGAGCGUCUUCAUUUCCUGGAACCACAUCCCAGUCCAGGAGCAAAUGGGCUGCAUCCUCCAUUACAGGAUAUUCUGGAAAGCACGAGGUUCCACUUCCCAGCCUGGGCUCCGUGAAAUUCCCUAUAGACUCUCCCAAAAUUCAUACCCAAUAAACAGCCUUCAUCCCAAAGUGACGUAUGUCCUAUGGAUGACAGCUUUGACAGCAGCUGGUGAAGGUCCCCAAGGAAAUGAAAGGGAAUUCUGUCUACAAGGUGAAGCCAAUUGGAAAGCAUUUGUGACACCAAGCAUUUGUUUCGCUGUCAUCAUGGUGGGCAUUUUCUCAGUACGUUACUUCCGGCAAAAGGCAUUUGUUCUUCUAUCAGCCCUCAGACCUCAGUGGUGUAGCAGAGAAAUUCCAGACCCAGCAAACAGCACUUGGGCCAAGAAAUACCCCAUGGUGGAGGAGAAGAUGCAGCUGUCCUUGGACAGGCUCCAGAUGGCGUGGCCCAUUCCUGAAGAGCCUGAGCCCCUGGUCAUCAAUGAAGUUCUUCAUCAAGUGACCCCAGUCUUCAGACACCCCCAUAGUGCCAACUGGCCAGAAAGGGGGCAAGGAGUCCAAGGUCACAUUACCUCUAAUGAAGACACAGUGUACAUUGCCUCCAGCCCACCACCUCCAAGAGCUCUCACAGCUGAGCCAAGACAACUAGCAGAUCUGUACAAGGUGCUGGGGAGAAGGGGCCCUGACUCAAAGCCAGGAAACCCAGCCAGUCCUUCAAUGGUCCUCCCUGUGGACUACCUUUCCAGCCAUGAGGGCUACUUACCCUCCAACACAGAUGAGCUCCCUCCACACGAGGCUCCCCUCACUGACCCUUUAGAAGACUUGGAGCUUCAGCACAUCUCUCUUUCUGUUUUUACAUCAAGUUCCCUUCACCCACUCACCUUUUCCUGUGGUGACAAGCUGACUCUGGACCGGUUAAAGAUGGGGUGUGGCUCCCUCAUGCUCUGAGUGUGGAAGCUUGAAUCUGGGAAG